UGUGAGUGGGCUGUCAAGUGGAAAGAAGAAAAUACCUUCUGAAGUUCUGGUCGUUUCACAAUAUUUUAACUCUUCUGAGAAUCUCAACCCUCUUUUGACAUAAGUAAGGACAAGGUAAGUGGAUGAAUUUACACUGAAACAUUUAAAGUAGUAUUUUGUGCUGUUGACCAGGUUAUCCCAUUAUGGUCCGCAAGUGAAUGUUCUGUCUAUGUCAUGGAAAAGCCUUUGCUUUUGUAUGUAUUUUUAUUCUACUGGCAUUUCCUAAAUGCUUUAUUCACAGUUGAAGCUCCUCAGUCACUCUACACUGUGGAACAUGGGAACAAUGUGACCCUGGAAUGCACAUUUCCAGUGAAUGGGAAAUUAAAGUUCAGAGAUUUAAGUGUCAGCUGGGAAAAGAAAGACAAGUUAAAGAAGCAGGUUUAUGUACUUCUCAAAGGAGAGGAAGACUUCAAAAGUCAGCAUAGUGACUUUAGGGGCAGAAUAAAAUUGUUGAAAGAGAAUCUGAACUUGGGCCAGUCUCUCCUUCAGAUCACUGAUGUGAAGCUCAGAGAUGCAGGGUUUUACCGCUGUCUUAUUGGCUAUGGGGGAGCUGACUACAAGACAAUCAAUCUGAAAGUUAAGGCUCCUUAUAGAACUAUAACUCAAGGGGUGGUGAAUACAGGAGAUAAUGAAUGGAAGUUGACAUGUCAGUCAGAAGGAUAUCCACAAGCUGAGGUGAUAUGGCAAAACAGAGAACAUGAAGAUUUGACUGAUAAGGCAAACACAAGUUAUGAAACUGGAAGUGACCAGCUGUAUCGUGUGACAAGUACCCUUACAAUCAAAAGUAGAAUUGAUGAGAUUUUUUACUGUGUAUUCUGGAAUAAAGAGCUGCAAGAAAACACAUCUGCUGUUUUACACAUAGCAGAUUCAGCUGAUGGUGUUCUGUGGACUGAGAGUAGACGCUUUGUUGGAGCAAUUCUGAUUGUGACUGCUUUUUUUGGAUCACUGAUGCUAUUUAUGCUCUGCAUAAAAGCUAGAGCAAAUAAGGACAACAGAACACCUGUGGCUAGUUCAUCGAUAGCAAAGCUAUCAAAAGAUAAGGAUACACAUGACUGCAGAGAUGCUUCUUUUGAAGAUAAAGAGCUGAAAUAUAUGCAAAUUGACAAGACCUAGAGAAAGCAGGGGAAGCUUGUUUCCUCGGUGGUGAAGAUUUGACAGCUCAACAUUCUGUGUUCUGUCUGUUAAGGGGGAUAUUAAUUUUUCGAUUUUAUUCUGUGAUGGCAACCUUCUAUAUCAUUGUAACUCAGAGAAUGAAUUUAACAAUUAUUAUAGCAUAAAAAGUCCUUGGAUUCAGGUUUCUGUGUAUGUGACUAGGUAUGGAGGUAUUUAUUUAAAUAUCUAGGUUUCUGCUUUCUCAAGUUUAUGCACUUUCAAAGACAUAUUUAAUUAAAAAUAUCUUUAAGGUAAGCACUUUAGGUCUAUGACCAUCAUGAAUUUCAUAGCUAGUUCUUGAAUAGGCUGUCUUCUGGGAUAUUUUUUUUUUCCUUUCUUCCCCAACUGAGCUCUCUGUUCCCUGCAAAGAUUUUGUUUUCCAGCUUUGGAAGAAAUUUUUCAAUACUUUGAUCCUUAUAUAAGAUAAGGAUGCAACAAGACAAGAUGCCAUACAGACAGGGCACUUUCUGUCCUUACUGUCGAUCUUAAAAUACCAGAUACUCACAGCUAAGGCUGAAAUAGAUGGUGUAGCCCUUUUGGCAACUAUGGUUUGGAAAUUAUUAGAUAAUAAUGAGUUUCUUGAUCCAUUCUUCUGGAAAGUGUUUUGGAGACUUAAUUUCCUUGUGAUAUAGCUGGCACUACUUGGUUACUGCUCAUUACUGUUCUGAUUUACAAUUUGGGGAUAAUGGGACUCGUUGGAUAUUCAGGAAGAAUAGCUCUUGGACUGCCUUUUUGUUCAUCUUGGGAAUAGAAGAAAGAGAACUUCUAGGACAGGAAGUACACGCUCAUGUGACUACUUAAGAAAUGCUGAGGAAACAUGCUCCUGGGUCCCAUUUCUUAAGCUAUUGCUUUGUUACAUUUUGCUAGGUGCACAGAUUUUUGGGGGGUUCCUACACAGAUGAAAAUUAUUUAUUACAAUGCU